AUGCGGACAUCGGAGAACCGACACAAUGGUGGAUUAACGUAUUAUAAAGAAGGAGGAAAGUUCGGUGAAGGUUUUUGCGGAAAACGAUUGGCUAGCGCUUCCCUUCACAACGAAAUAAACGCGACUGGAUGGGCUUUUCUUGAAGUCGACGUUCAUAGCGACAAAAUUCCACAUUACUUGCAAGGAUAUGCUGCAGGAUUUGCCGAGGGUCGGGUUACAAGAGAACUAAUCGACUUGCAUGUCAUUAACACUGUUAAUGGAUAUUGUGAUGGAGCCAAACAUUAUUGCGAAGAACUUGGAGAGUUCCUCAUCGAAAAUUUGAAAUGGAUGUCUCAAGAAAUUAAAGAAAAUCCUGAAGAUGAAUAUUGGCAACAGGUUAACUUGACUCUUAAUCAGCUGUACGGAUUGAUUCAUGGAUAUGAGAACACUCUUGAAGCGAAAAUUGAUUUCAAGGAUCUCGUGAUUCAUCCAAUCUUGAUGAUUCAACUUGCUGGAGAUCUUGAAGAUCUUGCAUUGAAAUUCAAAAAACCGGAAAAUCCGAAAAAGGUUUAUUCGGGACCAGGACAUUGCUCUGCUCUUGUGAAACUUCUUAAGAACAAUGAGGAUCUCUAUUUCUCUCAUGUCACUUGGACUUCUUAUUCGGCGAUGCUGAGAAUCAACAAGAAGUAUUCGUUCAAGACUCGAGAUCCUGGGCAAGUUUAUUCAUUCUCCAGCUAUCCAGCCUCGAUUACAUCAACUGACGAUUUCAUUCUGACAUCUGCCAAACUUGCGAUUCUCGAAACCACAAUCGCUAAUUACAAUACAAAAUCCUUGGAUUUGAUUACACCGAAGACGGUUUUGACUUGGAUUCGUGCUGAAAUCGCUCACCGUGUUUCGUCUUCUGGUCUUCAAUGGGCUGAAGCAUUCGGCCGUCACAAUUCGGGAACCUACAACAACGAAUGGGUCGUCGUUGAUUACAAACAAUUCCACCGAGGAAAACCAGUGCAACCGGAGCAUGGAAUUCUCCACGUUAUUGAGCAGAUGCCAGGGCAUAUUGUGCAUUCAGACAUGACAGCACAUUUGUUCCAAACAACCUAUUGGCCUGGAUAUAAUCAACCAUACUACAAGCAGAUUAUCAAGUAUUCAGAAACAGACAAAAUGGUUGAGAAAUAUGGCGACUGGUACAGCUAUGACAAAACUCCGCGAGCUUUGAUCUUCAAGCGCGAUCAUCACACAGUGACCGACAUGGAUUCGAUGCUCAGACUCAUGAGAUCCAACAACUACACCAAAGAUCCACUAUCCCGUUGUGAUUGCAAUCCUCCAUAUUCGGCUGAGAAUGCGAUCUCGUGUAGAUCGGAUCUCAAUCCUGAAAAUGGAACUUAUCCAUUCAAGUCUCUUGGAUUCAGAGAUCACGGAGCGAUUGAUGUCAAAGUGACGAAUGCAAAACUCAUCAAUAAUCUUGAAUUCACCGCGAUUUCGGGACCAACGUACGAUCCAGUGCCAGUUUUUGAUUGGAACACUUCGCCGCUCAAUAAUAAAGUCAAUCAUUAUGGGCAGCCACUCAAAUGGAAAUUCGAACCAAUCACCUACAAAUGGGGAAAAAGAAACCAUCGUUAUCAUCUUCUUCGUAAUCAUAAUUAA